AUGUCUCAGUUUGACGCUGCUCCUCCCAACACCCACGCUGGUGGCAACAACGAUGCUCUCCGCACCAAGGGUAACGAUCCGCUGAAUACACCUCUGGAAAAUGAGGUCGCUGAUGAGAGGAUGAACAUGGAAGAGUAUGCUAGGACGGUGCCGAGAUGGAAGAGGAUUUGGCAGCACAGUUUGACACAGAUGAUGCUCCUCAGUGUCCAAGCUUUUUGCGGUCCUGCCAUGGCUGAUGCAAUUGCGGGGCUUGGUGGAGGUGGUCUUGCUACGCCUCAAACCUCAAACAUUGCCACCGCCAUCAACUACACUAUGCUCGCAAUUUGCUGUGCUCUUGGAGGCCCUAUCGUUAACAAACUCGGGACGAAAUGGUCAUUGGUCAUCGGUGCUUGCACUUUCCCUAUCCGGGGCUCAUCAUACUAUUGUAACUCCAAGUUUGGAAACCAAUGGUACUUGAUUUUGGGUGGCUUCAUCACAGGUAUCGGAACGGGUACGUGGUAUGUCGCUGAGUCGGGCACUAUCAUGUCGCUUGCUCCUUCAAAUUCACGUGGAAAAUACUUGGCACUUUGGAUUGUUGCUCGGAAUCUAGGACAGCUGGUGGGUGGUGCUAUAAAUCUUUCCAAGAACCACGAAAAGGGGGUAGUCGGAGGUGUAUCGCCGGACACCUAUGUCGCGUUUAUGAUUAUCGAGUGCAUGGCGUUGCCUUUUGCCUUCCUCAUAUCGCCUCUCGAAAGAGUGGUGCGCUCGGACGGGACACGCAUCCUUGUUUCGGAGAAGAUUGGUACCAUGCUGGAGAUCAAGCAGAUCAAGAUUACCUUCACGUCGAAACUCAUAUUGCUUUCUUCAUUCUGGGCGAUAUGGUCCUUCUUCUACAGCGGAACCUGGUCAACCUACCUCGCCACCUACUUUAGCGUCCGCGCUCGUGCACUCUCGUCUCUCAUCUCGCCAUUCUUCUGUAUCAUUGGCUGCUUCGGUCUUGGUUUCAUCCUUGACAUGAAGAGCUUCAGUCAGCGGCGUCGCGCGCAAAUGGGUCUUUGCGUUGUCGUUGUCCUCAAUCUUGGGGUGUACAUUUGGUCCAUCGUUAUGCAAGCAAGGUUCAACCACAACAACCCAGGUAAGAUUGAUUGGGACGACUCGCUGUAUGCGCGCUCCUUCUUGCCAUACUUCUUCGUCCAGACUACUGGUCCUCUUUCGCAGAGUUACAUGUACUGGCUUCUUUCUUCCUUUGCUACUGAUGCUCAAGCAAACGUCCGCAACGGAGCUGCAUUCCGCUGUCUCGAAGCCAUUGGCCAGGCGAUUUCUUACGGUAUGAACACGCAGAUCAAGACUAGCCCUAUGGUUGGCUUCUGUGUCACUUUCGGAUUGAUGGCGCUAGCAUUUGGUCCGAUGUUGAUCCUGGUCAACUCAACACCCGAUCGCAUCCCUGCUGAUGUUAUUGCCGAGGAGAUGUAUCGCGAGGAGAACAAGAUUGGUAAUGUCGAGGUCAAAACGAAGGUCUAAGGCUAGGAGGCAGGACUUAGAAAUAAAUCACUGUUACUUGGCGUACGUGUGAAUCGAACGAUCGAAACAUUGCCUCGGACCUGGAUUUAGGUAGUCUCUAACUAAGCCUUGUAAGCGCGGGUGAGGUGUGUGAAUAAGUGCUCCUAUCGGAUCAUCGACCCUACGUGGCGAAGCCAUGCGCGAAUACAAUCCCAAUAAAUCGUUC